AUGCCAAAUCUUUCCGAGAAACAGUCCAAGUUGGACAAACACCGGGACACCAUUUAUCGCUUAUACAUCACGGAAAACAAAACCCUACCACAAGUUGUUGACAUCAUGAAACGAGAUCAUAACUUAUCGGCCUCGGACAAACAAUACAAACGUUACUUCAAGAUCUGGGGACUCGAGAAAAACUACAAGACCAGUGACAUGAUAUCCAUGCUCAAAAUACAACAAAUGCGGCUCGAGAUGGGAAAGAAAACCGUCUUUUUCAACGAAAAUGGCGAGAAGAUACCAAAGAUCAAGUUCACGCGGUUUAAGAACCGUCACAAUAUCACGGAAUUUAAGGAUGAAGAGUUAUCAGGUACGGUGGUAUUGCUAGGCAUCACCUUCAAAACACCCGAGCCGGAUGACACGAAAACCCCCUCAAAGAAUCGUCCCAGCACCGACGGAGCUGGCGAAAGAACGCAGAUGGGGGCAGAGGAACCUCACGUCAUGGCCCAAUUAUCUCAGUCGAGCCGCAGGGACAACAUACGGCGAGAGUAUUCUCAACUACCUGGUAGGCCAGGCUCGUCGUCAUCUAUCUGGAGCCAGAGUCAGAAUGGCCACUUUACCAGGACUGUUGCCUCUCCCUCUCCUUCGGCAUACUCCUUGAACACUACAAUAGGUGCCCCCACUGCUACAAUGGUGGCCUACACGUCGAGUCACCAUGGCCAGUUUGAGACAAACUUCUCCCCACACUCGACGGCCAUCAGCGACCCAGGUGAAUAUCAGCUAUCUGCAAGGCUAAGGCAGGGCUCAGUGUCAUCUAUGCCGCCCCUUGACUUGAACCACACCCGGGUUGGGCUCUUUACCAAUACUGUCCCUUCUCCCGCUCUUUCUGCAUGCACGUUGAACACUACUAUCGGCUGUCUCACUUCUUCAGUGGCAGCUUACGCGCCAAGUGAGCACUUUUCAGCGUAUGCAAUGGAUUCUUUUCCACAGUUACCAAGCACUCGCGACUCAGCUUUCAACCAUUCAGCAGUGAGAGCGAGACCGGGAUCAUCGUCAUACAUUAACUGGCAAGGGAAUCAUGUUGGACCUUCGAGUAGUACUCUCAACUCUCCCGCACCCUCGGCCUUAUCGUUAAACACUACUCUAGGCCCUGAUACUUCAUCAACUUAUCCCUUCAACAACACAAUAGCUGCCCCUGUUCCGCUUUCCUCCCCAUGGAGCGGCCAUGGGCAGUUUGCAGCCAUUGUUUCCAUCUCGCCGGCUCCACAACUCACUGGUUCCGGUCCCUCCCCAACAUACGGUCAGGGGGAGGCACCCCUCGUCGGUCCCGGACACUACAACUAUACUGGUGACUAUGGCAGAUACGACGGUAUGCCAACGAACAAUGUGAACAACACGUACUCUCCCGCUCUUCAGUCAUACCUCGAUGGGACUGAGCAGUAUCCGUCAUACACCUCCAACAAUGCCGGGUAUCAGGGCGGAAAUGGCGUCGAUGAAAGUCUGGGCUUUGGAUCUCAGUCCACUACCACAAGUCAUCACCUCGACACUCUGAGCCAAGUCAACACGUUCAGCACGAUGGCUGCCCCGUGGCUAACGGCACUCGCCAGGGAGGCAUUGACCGCAACGGACUCCAUGACAUGGGGCUCCUGUUCGAACCAGGAACCAGAAGGAUAUUCCGGUUGCGAAAGGCUGAGAUAA